UCCGCAAUCCAGACUCAGAGAGCGACCCAUGAGCAGCAGCAUGAGCCCGGGAUACGUAUGCUCCAGCAGAAGUUUGCUGAGAAAAUAAAACGCAGCCAACCGCAGAAACCAACAACGGGGGAAAAUCAGUUUUAGGUCUCCAAAGGAUGGAGCGAGAAUGAACAGCGAGCGGCUUCAGGAAAAGCAUGAACUGGAGGUUUAUUGAGGUCACCUGUGUCCUGUUUAUAUGGGAUCAUAUAACAGUUGAGUCUUCCCGCCCGGACCCGUCCGCCACAGAGCAGCAUGUCACCAAACAGUUUGACUGGCUCAUCUCUGACCGGGGGCCUUUCCACCACUCCCGGAGCUACCUCUCCUUCGUGGAGAGAUACCGCCAAGGAUUUACGACUCGGUAUAAAAUGUAUAGGGAGUUUGCACGUUGGAAGGUGAGGAACACUGCCAUCGAGAGGCGGGACCUGAUCCGCAACCCCCUGCCUCUCAUGCCAGAGUUCCAGCGGAGCGUGCGCCUGCUGGGCCGCCGGCCCUCCACCCAGCAGUUCAUCGACACCAUCAUCCGGAAGUAUGGCACGCACAUCCUCAUCUCAGCCACGCUGGGAGGCGAGGAGGCUCUGACCAUGUACAUGGCCAAGAGCAAGCUGGACCGGCGGCUGGUGAACGGCACCCAGAGCGUGGAGGCCCUGCACCAGCUGGCCUCCUCCUACUUCAUCGACCGCGACGGCACCAUGAGGAAGCUCCACGAGAUACAGAUCUCCACCAAUGCCAUCAAGGUGACAGAGACGCGCACCGGGCCGCUUGGGUGUAACACCUACGACAACCUGGACUCAGUCAGCUCCAUCCUCCUGCAGAGCCCCGAGAACAAGCUUCACCUGCAAGGUCUUCAGGUGAUCUUCCCCGAGUACCUGCAGGAGAAGUUUGUCCAGUCGGCGCUGAGCUACAUCAUGUGCAACGGCGAGGGCGAGUACAUGUGUCGCAACAGCCAGUGCAUCUGCAAGUGCUCGGAGGACUACCCACAAUGCAACUGCCCCGUCACUGACCUGCAGAUCAUGGAGAACACGCUGCAGCACAUGGUGGAGUCCUGGGCAGCCUCCUACAAGGACUUUGAGAAUUCAGACGAGUUCAAGUCCUUCCUGAAGAGGCUGCCCUCCACUCACUUCCUGCCGGUGAGCAGCGUCCACCUGCUGUGGGGCAACGACUGGGACCUGCAGGCGCGCUACCGCCUGCUGCAGAGCUCCCUGGAGGCCCAGCGGCAGAAGAUCCAGCGCACCGCGCGCAAGCUCUUUGGCCUCAGCAUCCGCUGUCACCACAACCCCAACCACCAAAUGCCUAGAGAGAGAUCUGUGCUGCAGUGGCUGAACCGGGUGCAGUCCUACCUGUACUGCAACGAGAACGGCUUCUGGGGGACGUUCCUGGAGAGCCAGCGGACGUGCGUCUGCCACACCGGCGUCACCCUCUGCCAGCGGCCCAUCCCCUGCGUCAUCGGCGGCAACAACAGCUGCGCCAUGUGCAGCCUGGCCAACAUCUCGCAGUGCGGCUCCUGCAACAAAGGCUACAAGCUGUACCGCGGCCGCUGUGAGCCGCAGAACGUGGACUCGGAGCGCAGCGAGCAGUUCAUCAGCUUCGAGACGGACCUGGACUUCCAGGACCUGGAGCUGAAGUACCUGCUGCAGAAGAUGGACUCGCGCCUCUACAUCCACACCACAUUCAUCAGCAACGAGAUCCGGCUGGAGACCUUCUUCGACCCGCGGUGGCGCAAGCGCAUGUCCCUGACGCUGAAGAGCAACAAGAACCGCAUGGACUACCUGCACAUGAUCAUCGGGCUGUCCAUGAAGAUCUGCCAGAUGCGCAACAGCAGCAUCGACCCCAUGUUCUUCGUCUACGUCAACCCCUUCAGCGGCAGCCACUCGGAGGGCUGGAGCAUGCCGUUCGGCGAGCACGGCUACCCGCGCUGGGAGAAGGUGAGGCUGGGCAACUCGCAGUGCUUCAACUGGACCCUGCUGCUCGGCAACCGCUGGAAGACCUUUUUCGAGACGGUGCACAUCUACCUGCGCAGCCGCGCCAAGGUGCCCACCAUGCUCCGCAACGACACGGGAGGGGGCCCCGUCGACCUGUCCGACCCCAAUAAGAGACAGCUCUACAUCAAGAUUUCCGACAUCCAGGUGUUUGGCUACAGCCUGCGCUUCAACGCAGACCUCCUGCGCAGCGCGGUGCAGCAGGUGAAUCAGUCAUACACGCAGGGCACGCAGUUCUACUCCUCCUCCUCCAUCAUGCUUCUGCUGCUGGACAUACGGGAGCGUAUUAACCGCUUGGCCCCUCCGGUGGCGCCGGGGAAACCCCAGUUGGACCUUUUCUCGUGUAUGCUCAAGCACCGGCUCAAGCUGAACAACAGCGAGAUGAUACGUGUCAACCAUGCAUUGGACAUGUACAACACUGAGAUACUGAAACAGUCAGACCACCUGACUACUAAACUUUGUUGAGGGGGGAGAAGGGAAUUCUGGGAGUGCAAAAACAAGGGACACAUACAACAGACAAAAAGACUGUUUGGGGGAGUAUAAAGAUGAUUUUCUUUUUGUUUUUCUCUCUCGGUUUGGACCUUUUUUUGUUCAGCUUUUUUGAUGUACUAUUAACAACUUUGUAAGUGUAAUUGUUAAACAGAAACUAAAAAUACAGAGUGGAAGCCUUUUAGUUCACUAAAGAAGAUGAUGAAGAAAAAAGGAAAAAAAAACAUGACUGUACCAUAUUUGUCGAAGCAUGUCUGUCAUUUCCUAAAGGAGUAUUACAUGAAAAAAAAAUAAUUAAAGUCAACAUCCAGUGACAAAGAGGCCUUGACUUUACUCUGAGGGAGCAAAGGUACAUCUGAAACUGCCAUUCUU